AUGGUCGUCCAUCAAUGCAUCCCCGUCAACGAACGAGAAGCCAUCAUUGAAGCGGUCCGCAGGCAGGAAUGUUACAUCUAUACCGGUCUAAAAAUUUUCAUCGAGCGUUAUGAGGACGUCGUUAAACAACUCGAGCAACUCGAGCAGCUCGACCAGGAAGACAUCGAGCGAGCGCGAGAGAUACAGCGACAGGCGAUUGCUACCUACCUUACUCCUCCUGGGCAAGCGCAGAGCCCUUUCCCGAAUUGCAGCUACCAGGGCACCGAUACCGAUGAUUUCGAUGAAAAUGAUUACCUACUCCCUGAAGGACUGGACCCUGCUUACAUCUGGAAAUUUUAUAGCGAUAGCGAGGAUGGCGAUGAUGACGAAUACGAGAGCGACAGCGAGGGUGAGGAAUGCGUCAAUGACCACUUACAAGAGCGCAUGUGCGUUAGACGUGACUGCCACCAAUUCGGAUUCUGUCGCGAGCAUGAGUUGAGUGCUGUGUGUGUCUGCAACGGAGGCCAGUAG